AUGCGCCGUUUGCCCGUCAUCUGGUUGCCACUGGCGCUGGCCGUACUUAUCACCAGCAGGUGUGCAAUCGGCGAACCGACCCGGUCACAGCUGCGACAAAUGAUCGACAUGAUCUUAUUCGAGGACAAGGUGUACGAUGACGUGUUGUCGGAGAAAGUGAUACUGGAUCAAUCCGACAAUUUGCCACCGUGGGUCGAAGAAACGUUGGAGGACCUCAGAAACGUAGACCCGUUGAAGUCACUUUUCGCACUUAGCACACCACACCAGUACUAUUCGGGCGACAACCAGAAUCUGAGCGCGACCAUCAUCGGGAAGUCACUCACGUGCCUGACGCACAAGCGCGUGGCCUUCCACCUGUCCCUGAUUGUUGGGCUGAUUCAAAACAAAGACAAUCGGGUGAAAUUUCAGGCGCGGUCACGCGUAUUCACGUACACCAUUCCCUUCUACAUUGACAUGUUGGCCUCCGUCUACAAAAAAUAUGACGAGCUGUUGGACGUGUACGACACGUUGCACGACAUGUUUUCGUCGCCGAAUAUAGAGGAGGACGCCGAGUGCGAGGCUAACAUCGAGAAACUCAAAAAAGAGCUGGCGUUUCUGACCGACGUCAUCAAGUCGUCUUGCGUGGUCAACGAGAUGAAAGAGUACUGCGGCAGCCUUCAGCUGAAACAAUUAGACAGUUGCGGGGACAAGAUUACCGAGGAAAAUAUCGUAGCAGACUUGGAUGUCAACACUUACGUGGCGACGCUCAUGGAAAACGAGAACAACAUAUUGAAUUUGUUUGACGAGAUGGACUUGCUUAGAAGCAUGCACAUGGACGCGUGGAAGGUCUGGUUGAAAACACCGGAUUUACAACCAGUCACCGAAACAGGAGAAUUCAUAAGGACGCCGCUGCCCAAGUACAGAUCUGAAGUCGAAGAAAUCAUUGAGAAUAGAGAACGUGCUGUUAAAGAGGAAAACGAUUUGGCAAGAGCUAUGGCUGAAAAGAAGGUUGAGAUACCUGUGGAAAUAAUGAAACCACCAGAGGGGGAAACGCCACCUGCUGAUUCACAGGCAGGACCUUCGGAUGCAGCGAUACCAGACUAG